UCGUGGUCGUCCUUUCCAGAAAAAAAAAAGAUGGCAGCUGUUGACAUCGACGUGCCGGUGGACGCCGAACCCCAGAUCCACAAUCCGGACGACCUGGAGCGUCAGGCUGAAGGCUUCAAAGAGCAAGGAAAUGCAUUCUACAGCCAGAAGGAUUACUCUGAGGCUUUCAACUAUUACACUAGGGCCAUUGAUGCAUCCCCUAGAACUGCCAGUUAUUAUGGCAACAGGGCAGCCACCCUCAUGAUGCUCCGUCGCUUUCGAGAGGCCCUAGAAGAUUCCCAGCAGGCCGUGCGGCUGGAUGACUGUUUCAUGAAGGGUCAUCUACGUGAGGGCAAGUGCCACCUGUUGUUGGGAAAUGCCAUGGCCGCUAGUCGCUCCUUUCAGAAGGUUUUGGAGCUGGAGCCCGCCAACAGAGAGGCCCAGCAGGAGAAUAAGACUGCAGAGACUCUACUGGAGUUCGAACGAAUGGCGGAUUUUGGCUUCGAAAAGCGGGAUUUCAGAAAGGUGGUGUUCUGUAUGGACCGGGCCUUAGCUGUGGCUUCUGCCUGCCACCGCUUCAAGAUCCUCAAGGCUGAGUGUCUUGCUCUGCUGGGACGCUAUCCAGAAGCCCAGUCAGUAGCAAGUGAUAUCCUGCGAAUGGAUUCCACGAACGCAGACGCUCUUUACGUUCGAGGUCUGUGCCUCUACUAUGAAGACUGCAUCGACAAAGCUGUCCAGUUCUUUGUCCAGGCUCUACGUAUGGCACCUGACCAUGAAAAGGCCCGGCUAGCCUGCAGGAAUGCCAAAGCCUUGAAAGCCAAGAAAGACGAGGGCAACCAGGCGUUCAAGAACAACAACUAUGAUGCUGCCUACCAGCUGUAUACAGAGGCUCUGACGAUAGACCCCAACAACAUCAAGACCAACGCUAAACUCUACUGCAACAGAGCCACAGCAGGAGCAAAGCUGAAGAAACUCAAUGAGGCCAUUGAUGACUGCACCAAUGCAAUAAAACUAGAUGACACUUACAUCAAGGCCUACUUAAGAAGAGCUCAGUGUUACAUGAACACAGAGCAGUAUGAGGAAGCCGUACGGGACUAUGAAAAAGUUUACCAGACAGAAAAAACAUCAGAUCACAAGCACUUGCUGAAGACGGCACAGCUGGAGCUAAAGAAGAGUAAGAGGAAAGAUUACUAUAAGGUGCUGGGGAUCGGCAAGAACGCCACCGAGGAUGAGAUCAAGAAGGCAUAUCGCAAACGAGCCCUUAUGCACCACCCAGAUCGCCACAGCGCAGCAACUCCAGAGGUGCAAAAGGAAGAGGAAAAGAAAUUCAAGGAGGUGGGGGAGGCCUUCACUGUGCUCUCCGACCCAAAGAAGAAGGUCCGCUAUGACAACGGACACGACCUGGAUGAUGAUGGCUGCUGUGAUGGGAGAGAUUUCGAUGCAAACAACAUCUUCAGAGCUUUCUUUGGUGGCCAUGGUGGAGGAUACAGUUUCGAUUCCAGUCCAGAAUCCGCACCUGGAAAUUUCUUUUUCCAAUUUGGCUAAAGUGGAGGAGCAUGUGGGAAAAUGCAGCCCUGCAGUGGACAAAAUGAAGUUGGACUCAGUCACCUCCCAAUGCUCAUUCUCCUGAGUGACUUGCAAAAACCUCCUCACUUUUCUUUUUAAAGAGGUUUUUGCAUUCACUCCUAAAUUUACUCCUUGCGUUGAUGCUAACAAAGCAUGGGAAGGAUAAUUCAGAGGCUUUAGGUAUGAGUUAACACUGUAAAUAAACAGGUGUUUAAGAUUAUUUUUUUUUUGUUUUUUUUAAGAGGUUUGGAUCAGCUGAUUGGAGCAUGUCCCUAUUGCCAAAAUCAAAAUGAUAUUAAAUUAAAUCUAAUCUUGUAAAACUGCCUCAACCUUCGUAAAGGUGAUCAGUAGUAAGAAAUAAAUUGAAAGUGUAAGCAUCAUGGUGGAAUAGUUUUAGAAGACAUAACAUGAUAUACGUUUUUAAGAUUCUCCUGGGAUAGCAUGUCUAUAAAGCAAGAGGCAUUGUACUGUGGAAGUUCAAUGUCAAAACUGACCUCAGGACAGCCUGUUAAGGACAACACUCGUCCCUUGAGGGUGUGUGUCCAGGUUUUAUUGGCUCACUUGCCAAAUAUAGAAUCGACUUGCAGGGUUUUUGUUUCCUCUCCUUUUCUUCAUGCUGCAUUGUAUAUUUGACUUGAAUGUAAAUCGUUUUUUGUCCAUAAAUUUUUCUUCUUCA